AUGUCAGAGAAAUCCCCAAUUGAAUAUAAUGAAAAUUCUAUCGAGGAUUUUUCUAUUGAAAAAGAAGUGAAAGAGGCUGUCAGCACAACUGGCUAUUACACUUAUGCUGAAGAGGCAAAAUUGUUAAGAAGAGUUGAUUUGCGUAUUAUGCCUCUUUUAGUAUUGCUCUACUUGUGCAAAAAUUUAGAUGUUAACAAUAUAAGUUAUAUUCUAACAAUAAACAAACUGGAACCUGGAAAUGUAUUAGCACAACUAGCUAUGACAAAAGAUGAAUGGGCUUGGACUUCAACAAUAUAUUUUAUCCCUUUUGUUAUUUUCGAAAUACCGUCAACUUUGCUAUUAAAAAAGACCACGCCAAGAAUUCACCAAUUCAGAAUCGCCUUUCUCUGGGGGGUUGUUACAGCUUGUCAGUCUGCUGUUAAAAAUAAGCAAGGAUUAUAUGCCCUUAGGUUUUUAUUAGGUUUUUUCGAAGCUGGAAUGUUUCCGGGAAUGUUGGCUCACUUGGUUUAUUGGUAUCGUCCUGACGAGGCUUCAAUCAGAAUUGCAAUUUUAGGGGUACUAGGCUCAUUCUCAAGUGUCUUAAGUGCUUUCAUCACAUAUGGUUUCAGCUUUGCAAAUGGUAAAGGAGGAUUGUCUGGUUGGCAAUGGGUAUUUUUGGUGGAAGGAAUUUUUUCUAUUGUUUGUUCUGUUGGUCUAUAUUUUUGGCUACCAAAUUUCCCUAAUGAUUCCAAGUGGUUAAGUGAUCAAGAAAAAGCUUACUUAAUAGCUAGAUUACCUCCUCAAGCCCCAAAGUCUUCUGAUAAAGCCUUUGAUAUCCAAGGAAUUAUCAAAUCAUUACUUAAACCAACGACUUUAUUAUUUGUUUUUUUGAAAUUUUUCCAAGGCGUGGGAACAUAUGGAUUAUCGUUUUGGUUGCCGAGUAUCAUUCAAAGUUUUGGAAUUACGUCGUCGACAACCUCUCCUUUAAUGACCAUUCCCUCAUCUGCUGCAGCUGUUUUUUCAGGGAUUUUUUUCUCCUAUUUAGUGGACUUGGCAUGGUACUCACCUGCAACCUUGACAAGCUGUUCAAUGAUAGUUUCAAUUGGUGCCUUUAUUGUUUUAGCUGUUGUUACUAAUAAAGCUGUUUUAUAUGCUUUCAUAAUUAUAGCAACUGUUUCAACAAAUGCUAAUGGUGCCUCUGUUAUUUCCUGGAUGGCCCACACUUUAGAGGGUUCAAGUCAAGUUGGAUUCAAUUAUGCGUUCACCAAUGCCGUGGCUCAAUUAGGAGGUAUAAUUGGACCACAAAUAUAUCGAGAAAAGUAUGCACCACGCUAUGUUAUUUCUUACAUUAUUUCUUUGAUAUUCAUUGCUGCUGGAUUAGUAUUGAAUGUCGCUCUCUGGUGGCUAACAAGAAAUAAAAUGUCAGAGGUAAUUCAAGACAAAAAGAAAAGAUUAAAGCAGAAUAAAAAUGACCCAAACGAUAAACCUGUUUACAACCAAGAAUUUGAAAACAUCACCGAUGUUUAG